AUGGGCCCGCCGGCCUACACGGCCUCCCCCUGCACGGGUUCCGCUCUCUUCUCCAACUCCCGAGCGCCGCCACCGCCGCCGCCGCGUCUACUUCUCCAGCGUGGCCCGGGGGCGCCGUUGGCCGCUGGGAGGUACGGCGGCCGCGUAGCCCCGUCGCAGGAGAGGCGCCGCUCGGCCCCGGCUCAGGAGAAGCGCCGCCCCUCGGAGUCGUCGUCCCGGACCCAGCUCCCGGAGCGGAAGCGGCACUGGAAGGCGGGGGAGUUCCCGGGGACCGCUACUGCCGAUAGGGGUGGCGGCGGACGGCUGCCCGCUCAAGGGAAGCGGCAUUCGAAGGCCGGGGAGUUUCCCGGGACGGACGGCGGCGGCCGCCCAGCCCCCGCCCCGUCGCAGGGGAAGCGGCAUUGGAAGGCCGGCGAGUUCCCGGGCACCGCCGCCGGCCCCGGUUCGGGGACGCCGAGGACUCCCCUCAAGAACGUCAAGAAGCGGCUGGACGCCCGCGCGGACGCCAAGGCGUGGGCGUGCACCGUCACCGAGGCCCUCGCCGACCGCGUCAGCUCUAAGAACUGGCAAGAGGCGCUUCAGGUCUUUGAGAUGCUCAAGGAGCAGCCGUUCUACCAUCCCAAAGAGGGCACCUACAUGAAGCUCAUACGGCCUACUGGACGAGGCGCCCAGCUCCUCAAUGACAUGAAGGGCUCACCGUUGUGCCAGCCUGAUGUCUACACCUACAGCACCAUCAUCAAGGCCUGUGUUGAUGCCACAAGAUUCGACCUCAUCGAUGUUAUGUACAAAGACAUGGCUGAGCGCUCUAUAGCGCCCAACACAGUCACGCAGAAUAUUGUCCUCAGUGGCUACGGAAAGGCUGGACGGCUGGAUGACAUGGAGAGAGUGCUCUCUGACAUGCUCGACAGCACAGCCUGCAAACCGGAUGUCUGGACCAUGAACAUUAUCUUAAGCUUGUUUGGAAACGGGGGCCAGGUUGAAUUGAUGGAAAAAUGGUACGAGAAAUUCAGAAGCUAUGGGAUCGAACCAGAGACUCGCACACUGAACAUCCUGAUUGGUGCCUAUGGGAAGAAGCGGAUGUACGAUAAGAUGUCUGCAGUCAUGGAGUACAUGCGCAAGCUUGCCUUCCCAUGGACAACUGCGACAUACAACAAUGUGAUUGAGGCCUUUGCUGAGGCGGGUGAUGCCAAAAACAUGGAGCAUACAUUUAACCAGAUGCGCUCUGAGGGUAUGAAGCCGGAUACAAAGACCUUCUGUUGUCUAAUAACUGGGUUUAGCAAAGCAGGCCAAUUCCAUAAGGUGGUGGGCAUGGUUAAGCUUGCUGAGAGGCUGGAUGUGCCUGCAAAUACAUCUUUCCACAAUGCUAUUCUUGGUGCAUGUGCAAGAGCAGAUGAUCUUAUGGAGAUGGAGAGGGUCUUCAGGCACAUGAAGCAUACACAGUGUGAGCCUGAUGCUGUGACAUACUCUAUCUUGGUGGAAGCUUAUUGGAAGGAAGGAAUGACAGACAAGAUUUAUGCUUUGCAUCAGGAGAACCCAACUUUGGUUCCAACUGAUUUUGUCAUGGUUUAA